AUGACAACUCUGGUCCCCCGUGAGCCUUACUCCCAGGAGGAGCUGGACCGGCUCUAUCCUCGGGACUUGAAACUCCAAUUGGUGCAAGUGUUUCUCCGUCAUGGAGAACGAACGCCCGUCUCUUCGCGUUUCCAGAAUGCAGGACUCGCUCCAUACUGGCCGUACUGCAAUGUUGCCCGACAAAUGAUUCAAAUGGCCGCCAGCAACAAAGACCUCUCAUCGUGGAACGGGUUCGAGUGGAGGAGGAAGACGGAGGCUUUUGGCGACAAAGACCAGUCUGUGGUUGCAGUGGGAGCAACUGGUGACAUAGAAGGCAUCUGCCAACACGGUGAGCUGACAGACAAAGGACGGGAGACCACCUUUGCCCUAGGUCAGCGUCUACGACACUUGUAUGUCGACCAGCUGGGUUUCAUGCCCAAAAUCAAGUCCGAUACCGAGGAUAUGUAUCUUCGUGCCACUCCCAUUCCCCGUGCCCUCGAGUCCCUCCAGCAAGCUUUCUGGGGCAUGUAUCCCGCCAGUGCCCGCACCCAAGACUUCCCACCCCCGGUGAUCGUUGCACGCGCCGUAUCGGAUGAGACCCUCUUCCCGAAUGAAGGGAACUGCCGCCGCUUCAGGCAACUUGCUCGACUUUUUGCAAACAAAGCAGCACUCAAAUGGAACACCUCCGAUGAAAUGGAUUACAUCAACAAGCGCAUCUCCAAGUGGAUGCCAGAAAGCUCCCCUCGAGUCGCAGUAGACGGCCACCCUCAACUGUGCGGAAUCAACGACACCAUCAACGCUACCGAUGCCCACGGCCCCGCAACCAAGCUUCCCUCCGAAUUCUACGACCGCAAACUCAGAGACUACAUCGACCAGAUCUCCGUCGACGAAUGGUUCACCGGCUACGCCGAGAGCAACGAAUACCGCAAACUCGGCAUUGGCGCUCUCCUCGGCGAUGUCGUCGACCGCAUGGUCAGCACCGCCGUUGACGGCGGCUGGCGCAGCGAGUCCUCUGCCUCCGGCUCCUCCCCAACCAACGGCAAAGCCAUCAAAUUCGCCAUGAGCGGCUGCCACGACACCACCCUCGCCGCUAUCCUCACCAGCACGGGCGCCUUCGACGGGAAAUGGCCCCCCUUCACCUCCUCCGUAGCCAUCGAGCUCUUCUCCAAAGCCGAACAAGAUCAAGCACGCGCGGCAUCCACAUCUGGCGACGCAACCCAAAAGAAGGGUCUCUUCUCCUUCUUAACUGGCUCUUCCUCCUCCAGCACGCCUAACACCCCCCAACCCUCCGAAACAGCCCGUGUCCCCCUGUCCUCCCUCCCCGAAUCAUCCAAAGAAUCCCUCCGCUCCCACUACGUCCGCAUUAGAUACAACGACCGUCCUGUCCGGAUCCCCGGCUGCGCUGCUAAGGCCGAGAACCAUCUCCCCGGCGACGAGAGCUUCUGUACGCUGGAAGCGUUCAAGGAGAUUGUGGACAAGUUCACCCCCAAGGACUGGAGGUCCGAGUGUCUGCAGAACCUUGGUGAGGGGUUGUAUGGGAAGAAUGAUGCGGAGAAGUCGGUGGCUGGGUUCUAG